AUGAAGGGUCUCUAUCUUACAGCUGCUCUAUUUGGAGCAUCCUCUGCAUCUAAGCUCUAUACGGCGUCAUACGCGGGCGCAGUUAGCACAUUGGAGCUCGGCAGGUCCGACUCAGGUUAUGAAUUGACGACAAUCUCAGACACAACCGACUGCGGUCCCAAUCCUUCCUGGUUGAUGCUGAAUGAUGAUAAGAGCCUCCUGUUCUGUCUCGACGAGGGUCUCAAUGGACCGAACGGCACAUUAACGUCCUUCGAAGUCGACUCCGACGGAUCGCUGUCUAAGAUUCAUCAAUUGAAGACUGUACUCGGCCCCGUUCAAUCCCACCUGUACACUGCGGGAAAUCGCACAUUUUUUGCGGUGGCCCACUACUCAGGGUCGUCGGUGACAGCAUAUGCCCUGGACCCCAAUGGUGUCUUUACCCGUCGCCAGACCUUCACAUAUAAGCUGGACGGUCCUGGCACAGACCCCGACCGACAGGAUGCACCACACCCCCACGGUGUAGUCCUUGACCCCACCGGUCAAUUCAUUCUGGUUCCUGAUCUGGGAGCCGACCUCGUGCGUAUCUUCCGCAUCAACCCUUCGACGGGGUUGUUAGAACCACAGACACCCUUGGCGGUGUCUCCAGGGUCUGGCCCCAGACAUGGCACAUUCUGGACGCCCAAGGGCGCACGUCCGGGCCGAGCUAUCGAUACUCGGUUCUAUUUGACAUCGGAGCUCAACAGUCAUUUGACGGGAUACAAGGUUCACUAUCCCAAGAAUGGAACGAUCGCUUUUAACAAGUUCUUCGAGACUACCACGUAUGGUGGCCCGGAACUGCCAAGCGGUGCUACUGCUGCAGAAAUCGCGAUCUCGCCUGCCAACAACCAUAUCGUAAUCAGUAAUCGCGAGGACAACAAGUUUGGAACCAACAACGACACCAUUUCCGUGUUCUCUUGUGCUGAUGCCAGCGGAAAGGUGUCUACUAAUGUAACGCAUACCGGUUUGUACCCGGCGUAUGGCUCGAUUCCUCGUCAAUUUGAGAUAUCAGGCGAGGACCAGGCGAUCGCUAUUGCGUUACAAAGUAGCCAUCGCGUGGCCGUAGCUGGCUGGGACGAUAAGACGGGACAUGUUGGCCCUCUUCUGGCACAGAAGGAAUUGGAGGGUGAGAUUGUGUGUGCCGUUUGGGAUGCUUGA